GUUACUUUUUCAAAGUAAAUGUGCCAUUGUUUACUGCGUAUUCAUUGUCCAGCACACAAACUUCAAAUGUUCGUUCCAGCAUACUCUGAAGCAAAGCGACCACCGCAUGAUCUCUCGUCCAGCUCUUCCAGAGUGUAAUGUGGAUCUGAUUCUGUCUGAGGUGGACAUGCUCACAUGAUCAUGAACUUCAAACUCACGAACCCAACGUACUUUCUGACCUCAGGAGAAGGUCAACCCAGCAGCAGCUUGCCAGAUCAUGCUGUCACCUCGUCCAAUCAAAGCGGGGCGCCCGUGGUGGAUGACACCUCACCUGAGGAAGACGAUGUGGGGAUCAAAGUGCUCAAAGGAAUGUUCUUUUCCUUCUGCAUUCUCCUCGCGAUCAGUGGCAACCUCUUAGUUUGUGCAGCCGUUUUCACAGAGCGGAGGCUGAAGCGGGUCAAGAACAACUACUUCAUCGUGUCCCUGGCAGUGGCUGAUCUCUUGGUAGCCUGUGCAGUCAUGACUUUUGCCUUGACCAACGAUGUAUUUCAUGAAUGGUUGUUUGGACCCGUCUUUUGUCACACCUGGAUUUCUUUUGACAUAAUGUGCUCUACUGCCUCGAUUCUUAACUUGUGCGUUAUUAGUUUUGAUCGUUACAUUCACAUCCACAAGGCUUUGUAUUACGACACGUGGAUGACCACAUGUAAAGCUCUGGUGCUCAUCAUUUCUGUGUGGAUUCUCUCCGCUCUCAUUUCUAUCUUGCCUGUUCACUUGGGUUGGUACAAACGCACUUCCUCACCCUCACCCAAUGUUCUGAACAACGACAAAACCCUAAGCUUCAACACCACGACCUCAUCUCACAUUAUGGGCCCCAAACCACAGUGCAUCAUGGAGCUGAACUUUGUCUACGCUCUUGUUUCCUCCAGCAUUUCCUUCUACGUCCCUUGUCUCGUUAUGCUCGUCAUAUACUUCAAACUGUUCCUUUUCGCGCGUUCGCACGCCGUCAGCAUUAAGUCCAUGAAGCGCCCGGAGCUGUCUGCGGGCGGACAACCGGUCUCCGACGGAUCUUCACGCUCCUCCAAACGGGCGUCUGAUUACAAGGCGGCCUUCACAUUGGGAGUCAUCACAGGCGUAUUUCUCAUCUGCUGGCUCCCUUUUUUCAUCAUCAACCCCAUCGCGGCGUACGAUCCGACGCUGAUACCUCACAAAGUCUUCGUCGUCGUUACAUGGCUUGGUUAUGCCAAUUCGUGUUGCAACCCCAUCAUCUACUCAAUUUUUAACGCAGAGUAUCGUAAGGCCUUCAGGCGUAUUCUUUGUCAGUGCACACGUGGGAGAGAGUCUGAUGGGGUAAGUAGUGGAAUAUAUCUUACGUCAAUAUCAAAAUUUUCAUCAUCUCGUAACAAGUUUCGGAAGUCCGAAUACGAGGCACACAGCUCGGCCAAUGGGUCAGUUCUGAGAAAUACAAGCAAAGACGAUUUAUCCAAGGACAACACACCGAGAAAUGAGGUUAUGGAAGUGAUGACUGUGGAAAGGAAUGCGGCUUGCUAAGAUGCGAGUU